UCAAUGACGAUACGUGCAAUUAUCUCCCGUCUGAUCAGACAAAUCACGCAUCCUAGCCGCACACUCCAAGGUCCUGAGUUAUUUCUCUCGUCUCCUUCCCCCACCUCGGCCGCACGCCCGCACCCUCGGCGCCUCGACUACUAUACAUCCUACAGAUUCCCCCGUCCAAAGGCAGGCGAGAUGGCUUCCCCCGCGGCGGCGGCGCCGCCAACGGAGCCCGAAAGGUGGAGAGACCUGGACAUGCUCCUCUCCCGCCCCGGCAACCUCGUCCACUCCACCUUCGAUCCCAGCCCCGGGCUGCGGGACCUUAUUGGGAGCUACGUCGAGGUGCUGGUGGUGGGGGCGGGCGGGCUGGGCUGCGAGCUCCUCAAGGACCUCGCCCUCUCCGGGUUCAAGAACCUGCACGUCAUCGACAUGGACACCAUCGACGUCUCCAACCUCAACCGCCAGUUCCUCUUCAGGAUUCAAGAUGUUGGGAAGCCCAAGGCUGAAGUAGCUGCGAAGAGGGUUAUGGAGCGAGUUAGUGGAGUGAACAUUGUGCCCCAUUUUUGUAGGAUUGAAGAUAAAGAGCUAGAGUUCUAUAAUCAGUUCCAAAUAAUUGUUCUUGGUCUGGACUCAAUUGAAGCUCGAAGCUACAUCAAUUCUGUGGCUUGUGGUUUCUUAGAGUAUGACUCAGACGACAGACCAGUCCAGGAGACAGUUAAACCUAUGGUAGAUGGUGGGACAGAAGGUUUCAAAGGUCACGCUAGAGUCAUUAUACCAGGGAUGACGCCUUGCUUUGAAUGCAACAUAUGGCUUUUUCCUCCCCAGGUCAAGUUUCCCUUAUGUACCCUUGCUGAGACUCCAAGAACUGCAGCUCAUUGCAUUGAGUAUGCUCAUUUGAUCAAAUGGGACGAGGUUCACAGUGGAAAACCUUUUGAUGCUGAUGAUACAGAACAUAUGCAGUGGAUUUAUUCAGAGGCUUUAAAGAGAGCAGAACUUUUUGGUAUUUCCGGAGUUACGUAUUCUUUGACUCAGGGUGUUGUCAAGAAUAUCAUCCCAGCUAUUGCUUCAACGAAUGCAAUUAUUUCUGCUGCGUGUGCACUUGAAGCUUUGAAGCUCGUCUCUGGCUGCAGCAAAAGCGUGUCAAAUUAUCUCACGUACAAUGGUCUUGUAGGAACUCAUAUUAAAGUCACAGAGUUUGUUAGAGAUACAGAUUGCCUUGUAUGUGGGCCUGGUACCCUUAUUGAGCUGGAUACGUCAUCGACACUUUCGGAGUUCAUCAAGAUGCUUGAGGAGCACCCCAAACUGCUGAUGUCAAAAGCUAGCGUAACGCACGGAGGCAACAAUCUGUACAUGCAGUCGCCAGAAGUUCUUGAGCAGAUGACACGGCCAAACCUGAGCAUCCCCAUGUUUGAGCUCCUUAAAGGAACCCCAUUUGCUACUGUGCAUGUUAGUGGUAUGGCGGAGAGCAAUGGGAAGAAAGUGUCAUCGCUGAGGAAGCUGCGUGUAGCCUUCAAGGGCGUCGAGGAAGCUUCGAAGAUGGAUACAACUGAGAGCUCGUGAUAUCAUCGUUUAGAUAAUAUUAACCCCCCAUUUAGUUGAGGGAGUAGUGUAUUUCGAAGCAGAUGAAACAGAAGCUGAAAUUUACACUUGCACAAUCUCUUCGGGGUCAACUUAAAUAUAUUUGGCAAAACUUGGUAGUUUCUGCAGUA